CGCGCGUUGCUCUUCCGCUCACUAAGUUUGGCCUCUGCAGCAGCCGUCGCUCGCAGGCGCGGAGGUAUCUGGGAAAAGGCCGCUUUCUCGCACGGACCCCCGCAGUUUGUGUCUGCCGCGGAGUGCUGCAGAUUGGAUUGGCAACCACUUUCAACUUUUGGGGGCAGCUGUUUCGUUUAGUUGAUAGUUUUAUGAUGAUCUGAAGAUAUUUCCUGGAUGUUGACUGUAAUUUUUCAAAAGCACCGUGUGGCAAAAGCACUGUAUGGCAUUUGUUGAAAAAUGUUUGGGAGAUUGACUCUUCCACAACUGCUUUUUGCUAGCAUCCUUGGAAUUGCUGGAGGGAUGUAUAUUUAUCAACCAAUAUUUGAACAAUAUUACCGAGAUCAGAUGGAAUUAAAAGAAAAGUUGAAAUUGGCACAAGAAUCAGAAGAGAAGAAAAGUUAAUACUACAUGGAGUUAAACUGUAAUUGUUUAAAGUUCUAUUGAAAUUAUGCGUUGAGUAUAAAUAAUCUAGUAAAAAGUUCUCAAGUAUAUUUUAAACGCAAAUCAUAGGUAAUGAUUUUAAAACAAGCACUGUCAAUUUCAGUGUUUAAUUUUGUCAUUUUGAAAAACUAAAAUAAAUGUCUAAAGAAUU